AAUAAUAAUAAUAAUAAUAAUAAUAAUAAUAAUAAUAAUAAUAAUAAUAAUAAUAAUAAUAAUAAUAAUAAUAAUAAUAAUAAUAAUAAUAAUAAUAAUAAUAAUAAUAAUAAUAAUAAUAAUAAUAAUAAUAAUAAUAAUAAUAAUAAUAAUAAUAAUAAUAAUAAUAAUAAUAAUAAUAAUAAUAAUAAUAAUAAUAAUAAUAAUAAUAAUAAUAAUAAUAAUAAUAAUAAUAAUAAUAAUAAUAAUAAUAAUAAUAAUAAUAAUAAUAAUAAUAAUAAUAAUAAUAAUAAUAAUAAUAAUAAUAAUAAUAAUAAUAAUAAUAAUAAUAAUAAUAAUAAUAAUAAUAAUAAUAAUAAUAAUAAUAAUAAUAAUAAUAAUAAUAAUAAUAAUAAUAAUAAUAAUAAUAAUAAUAAUAAUAAUAAUAAUAAUAAUAAUAAUAAUAAUAAUAAUAAUAAUAAUAAUAAUAAUAAUAAUAAUAAUAAUAAUAAUAAUAAUAAUAAUAAUAAUAAUAAUAAUAAUAAUAAUAAUAAUAAUAAUAAUAAUAAUAAUAAUAAUAAUAAUAAUAAUAAUAAUAAUAAUAAUAAUAAUAAUAAUAAUAAUAAUAAUAAUAAUAAUAAUAAUAAUAAUAAUAAUAAUAAUAAUAAUAAUAAUAAUAAUAAUAAUAAUAAUAAUAAUAAUAAUAAUAAUAAUAAUAAUAAUAAUAAUAAUAAUAAUAAUAAUAAUAAUAAUAAUAAUAAUAAUAAUAAUAAUAAUAAUAAUAAUAAUAAUAAUAAUAAUAAUAAUAAUAAUAAUAAUAAUAAUAAUAAUAAUAAUAAUAAUAAUAAUAAUAAUAAUAAUAAUAAUAAUAAUAAUAAUAAUAAUAAUAAUAAUAAUAAUAAUAAUAAUAAUAAUAAUAAUAAUAAUAAUAAUAAUAAUAAUAAUAAUAAUAAUAAUAAUAAUAAUAAUAAUAAUAAUAAUAAUAAUAAUAAUAAUAAUAAUAAUAAUAAUAAUAAUAAUAAUAAUAAUAAUAAUAAUAAUAAUAAUAAUAAUAAUAAUAAUAAUAAUAAUAAUAAUAAUAAUAAUAAUAAUAAUAAUAAUAAUAAUAAUAAUAAUAAUAAUAAUAAUAAUAAUAAUAAUAAUAAUAAUAAUAAUAAUAAUAAUAAUAAUAAUAAUAAUAAUAAUAAUAAUAAUAAUAAUAAUAAUAAUAAUAAUAAUAAUAAU